AUGGCUGCUCUUCCACGUCGCAGAAAGGCCUUCGGUCAUCGUCGGCGGGUCGAGGAUGAGGGCGAGGACGAGGGCGGACCCGAGGCGCUCGAUGUCGAUGACGAUUCCCUGACUGAGGGCUCUGUCAUCAGCGACGACAAUGAUGCUGCCGAUGAUAGUGAUACUAGCAAUGUCGACGAGGCGUCUCCCACAUCGCCCAACAUCAGCAAGGCAGCGGCAAACGGAGCUCCAAAGUCCGGAGGUCGCCAUCAGAAUGGAGGUGCUAGUUCUGCCGCUGCACAACCCUCUCAAUCGACGAUAACCGACACCGAACUCAUGCUGAACGGCCUGCACAUCUCCAACCAACCGGGCUCCACGGAGGAGCUACAGUUUGAUGACGCCGUCAGAUCACCAUCGAAGGCCGCCGCUCCAAUCGUCGUGAGCUCCAGUUCAGCUCCACAGCCACAAGAUGGACCGCCGUUUGAGCGUCGCCGUCGCGAGCACGAGGAAUACAGGAAGAAGAGGGACGAGGAUCCGGCCUUCGUGCCCAACCGUGGGGCCUUCUUCAUGCACGACCAUCGGCAUGCCGGGCCUUCUGCCAACGGCUUCCGUCCGUUUGGCAGAGCUCGGCGUGGAGGUCGAGGUGGCAUGGGAGGGCCCUUCGCGCCCAUCAACCAAUUUCACAACUCGACGGAUCCCACCACAAACGCCCCCUGGGCCCACGACAUGCACGAAGCCGUCGCGGAACCGAACUUUGUCGACUGA